UGUUUACAAUGUAAUGAUAAUUUCAAAUCUCAGUGUAUCUAGGAAUUAAGCUAGAAAAAAAAGUAUUAAAAAAAACAUCGAAGUGAGCUUUUAUUCUUGAUACUAUGGUAGGCUUAUUUAUCCCAAUCCCAACACGCUCAGCGUCAUCAUUGCUAAGCGGAAGGGAUUUAACACAACCCGGAAAAACAAAUGAUUAACCGUGACUGAACAAGCAAGAAAAAGCUGGUAUGUUUCUAUUUUGAAAAGAGAGCGCGUUAAUUUAAGAAGCACCAAGACACAAAAGGAAAUGCUACUCGGUGGUACAUUUGUGUCCAUCUGGGUGACAUACCGAAGACAGGAUGAAAUAGCUGUGACUGGAGAGCUUGUAUGAAACUAUGGGUCGGAAGAAGGGAGAGGGGCGGAAUACACCCAUCCCUGACAGUUUCUUGGAUUUUGCUGCUAUGAAUCUGAAGGAAGUGCCUCGGAAGCAGAAUGUAUGCAUGGUGUCUGAUUUCUUUUAUCCAAAUAUGGGAGGAGUUGAAAGCCACAUUUACCAGCUAUCCCAGUGUUUGAUUGAAAGAGGACACAAGGUGAUUAUUGUAACCCAUGCUUAUGGAAACAGAAAGGGUAUUAGGUACCUCACUAAUGGGCUAAAAGUGUACUACCUACCUCUGAAGGUCAUGUACAACCAGUCCACAUCCACAACAGUCUUCCACAGUCUACCUCUGCUUAGGUAUAUCUUUGUGCGGGAGCGGAUCACGAUAGUUCAUUCCCACAGUUCCUUUUCAUCCAUGGCACACGACUCCCUCUUUCAUGCCAAGACGAUGGGACUGCACACAGUUUUCACAGACCAUUUGCUUUUCGGGUUUGCUGAUGUGAGUUCUGUGCUGACCAACAAACUACUGACUGUCUCUCUCUGUGACACCAAUCACAUUAUCUGUGUGUCCUUCACUAGCAAAGAAAACACUGUACUCAGAGGUGCAGUGAACCCGGAGAUAGUCUCUGUGAUUCCCAAUGCUGUCGAUCCUACUGACUUCACUCCAAACCCAUCCAAGAGGGACAAAAAUAAAAUAACCAUUGUGGUUGUUAGUCGACUUGUUUACAGAAAAGGAAUAGAUUUACUUGGUGGCAUAAUUCCUGAGCUUUGUCAGAAAUACCCUGACUUGCAAUUUCUUAUUGGUGGUGAGGGACCCAAAAGACUUGUGCUUGAGGAGGUCAGAGAAAAAUACCAGCUUCAUGACAGGGUACGUCUUUUAGGAGCCUUGGAACACAAAGAUGUUAGAAAUGUUUUAGUUCAGGGUCAUAUUUUCCUCAAUACAUCUCUAACAGAAGCAUUCUGCGUGGCCAUAGUAGAGGGUGCAAGUUGUGGGCUUCAGGUUGUUAGCACACGUGUUGGGGGCAUCCCAGAGGUGCUCCCUGAGGAUCUCAUUAUCCUUUGUGAGCCCACAGUGAAGUCUCUGUGUGAAGGACUGGAGAUGGUUAUAGCCAAACACAGGGCAGGGAGUCUGCCCCCACCUGCUGCCAUUCACAACAGAGUAAGGACCCUCUACACAUGGAGGAAUGUUGCAGAGAGGACAGAAAAGAUUUAUGACAGAGUGGCUAAAGAAGUUGUCUUGCCUAUGGGUGAACGGCUUAACAGACUGAUGUCUCGCUGCGGGCCUGUUGCUGGCUGUAUUUUUUCACUUUUCGCUGUCUUGGACUUCCUGAUCUUGGUGUUUCUGAGAUGGCUCGUACCCGAUUCCAAUAUUGACAUUGCGGUGGAUGCUACAGGAGUUCGAGGAGCUUGGAGACAGAUGUCCACUCCUCCUAACACACGCACAAGCACAGGUUAUAAUUUAAACUGCCAAAUAGCAAGAGACUUAAAUCACACUCAAUAAGUCAAUACUAUUGACUCAAUGGGUACCUAUGAUUGCAUGUUUUAUUUCAUUGAGUGAAAAGCUUUACAUCUGAUGUUGAACACACAUCUGAAUUGUAAUUUAUUAAAAUGACCUCCUCCCUGGUAGUUUUUACAAAAUAGCUCCUAAUUUUUGUUUCUUCUCAGGUGGUAGAAUUUUAUUUGUGCCAAAUUGCUUGUGAGUUUAUUAUGUAUGUUUUUUUUUUUCCCUAAACAAGUAAAACUUAAAGGGUUGAACAUUAUAAAAAUGUCUAUUAUUGGAACUAGGAUUAAUGUAUAAAUAUGUGUGCUAAAACAGGAUUAUAUUGUCUAAACUAGGUACAGUGCUCCCUCGCUAUAAUGUGGGUCUCGUGGGGGACACACAAUAUUAGCAUUAUAACCAAAGAGCCUUAUAAAUGGGGAGGGGAGGUGGGGUGGGGGGCGCCAUGGGACACACAGCACAUCUGACUAAAUACAAAAUAGAAUAACUUCCUCUCUAUAAUGCACAUAUAGUGAAGCAAAAAUGUAACAUUCCGUGAAUU